CGAGGGGUUCUGGUUCUGUCCAGAUGGGAUGGAGGCGGAGAGCAUGGCCCUCGGACUGCUGUCCCUGGGACUGGGCGCCGGCGCCCUGGGUCUCCUGAUCUGCACCCGUGGCUGGAGGCGCUUCAAGAAAGGUGUCUGGUUGGAGAGGCGGAAGACCGGGGCAGCGGCGCCACUGGGCCUGGCAGGGGGAGGUGAGAGGGAGCUGACGGUGGGCAGCCUGACCCAAGACAUCCUGAUGGAUUUCCCGCACUCGGCGGCUGUGCAGAAGAGGGUUCUGAUCAACCUGCGGUUGGUGGAGGGCAGGCUUCAGGAGCUGCAGCAGUUCCUGCUGAUCAAGGGCGCGACCCUGGCCCCGACCGCCCGGAACAGCAGGCCAUGCUGCCGGAACGGCAACGUCCGCUGCCCGGAACAAUAAACUACGUUUCCACUUC